AUGCAGUUCAAGGUGAUCGCCGCUUCUCUCCUCGCCUCUGCUGGUCUCUCCAUGGCCGCUCCUCUUCAGGCUCGCGAGGAGACUUGCCCUGUCGUUGAGCAGGGUGACUACGUCUGGAAGAUCGAUAACUUCUCCGCUCGCAAGCUCGACGGCAAGACCAUCAGCUCUCUCUCGUUCAACGUCAAGGCCACCAACGGCGGCACUCUCGACUUCGACUGCACAUCCAGCGAUCCCGUCGAAGACGGCAAGUUCUAUGAGUGCGGCGAGAACUCCUUCAUCUACUUUGCCUACCAGGCCGACCGUUCAGGCCUCCUUCUGAGGCAGGAUGUCUCCGACGACAUCCAGUACGUCGCUACCACCACCCUCCCCGACUACUGCCACGCUGGCGGUUCCGGUCCCAACGACUACAUUUGCCAGGGUGUCUCGCCCGCCUACAUCACCCUUGUCCAGUAUCCCGGCAAGCUCCAGUAA